AUGCUUACCUUCAGUAUUAGAUCUCCAUCAACGAUGAGGACCUCUAUCCUUGCCUUCGGCGCCUUCGCCGGGCUCGCCUCAGCCAACAUCAAUUUCAGCUGGGUCAAUCCUACCUGCGACAUCAACGCCCCUAGCCGCUGCUUGACCGGACAGCACUGCGGUGAGGACAACAUGUGUGUCGCCGACAUCAAGAGCGACCACUCCAAGAUAUCUUCUUCCCACCUCCAAAUCGUCCCCGAGAAGAGGCAGACCAAGUACUCUCAGGACGGCCAGUGCGGACCUGCCAACGGCAACCUGCUUUGCGACCCCAAAAGCACCGUCUACAGUGGAAGCUGUUGUUCGCAGUACGGAUGGUGCGGAAACACCGAGGGUCACUGCGGAACUGGCUGUCUCUCCGGCUGCGAAAAUACUCCUCCCGGUCCCGGCGUCCCCAAGGCUGCCGCAGUCCCUGCUCGGGACGACGGUCGCUGCGGUAAGGACUUCGGCGGUGCUACGUGCGAUGCCAACGGCGCUUAUGGCGGGUGCUGCAGUUCCUACGGAUACUGCGGUUCCACUGACGGUCACUGUCUCGUUGCUGAUGGCUGCCAGAACGGCUGCAAGGAUGCUACCACCGUCAAGCCUACUGUUCCCACCGCUACUGCCACCCGUCCCCCCUCCAUCACCACCUCCGGCGAGCCCGUAAUUGGCAAGCCCUCCAGCGUCGGGGUCACCCCUGUCACCCCUACUCAUGUUCAAACCCUCGAUGGAAGCUGCGGUGCCACUUUCGGAGAUACCGUGUGUGGUACCUGGGCCCAAGGAUCGUGCUGCAGCAUGUACGGAUACUGUGGUAACACCACCGCUCACUGCGGUGAGGGUUGCCAGUCCGGUCCCUGUGUCAACACGCCUGCCGUGCCUGCCCCCAAGGCUAGCCCUGCUCCCGCUGCUGCUAAGCCUGGAUCGAUUGUUAUCAAGGGUCGCUCCGGUGUCCCUGCUAUGCACGCCGGUCUGAUGCCCAACGGCAAGGUUGUCUUCCUGGACAAGGUCGAGAACUACACCGAGCUCAAGCUCGCUAAUGGACAGUACGCUUACUCUUCAGAGUACGACCCUGUUACGCAGAAGUUGACUCCUCUGGCUUACAAGACCAACGCUUUCUGCUCCGGCGGUAUUUUCCUCGCUGAUGGACGUUUCGUUUCUCUUGGUGGCAAUGCCCCUCUCGACUUCAUUGACCCCACCGUUGGUGAUGGUUUCAAGGGCAUCCGUUUCCUGAAGCGAUCUGCCACCGAUGCUUCUCUGGACGGUCAGGCAUGGAGUGAGCCCGGCUCAAAGCUCGACACGGCCCGUUGGUACGCAACUGCUCAGAUCAUGCCUAACAACCAGAUCUUUGUCGCUUCCGGCUCCCUGAACGGUCUCGACCCUACCAAGCCUGAGAACAACAAUCCUACCUACGAGAUCCUCAACGCCGACGGUUCGCCCCAGGGCAAGUCCAUCAACAUGGAGAUUCUCAGCAAGAACCAGCCUUACUACAUGUACCCGUUCCUCCAUUUAAUGAAGGACGGAAAUCUGUUCGUUCAGGUCUCAAAGUCUGCCGAGAUUUUUAACGUCAACACCGGCAAUGUCGUUCGCACUCUUCCUGACCUUCCCGGUACCUACCGCACAUACCCCAACACCGGUGGUUCCGUUAUGAUGCCCCUUUCCAGCGCUAACCAGUGGAACCCUGAUAUUAUCAUCUGCGGCGGUGGCCCUUACCAGGACAUCACUGCCCCUGCUGACCCAUCUUGCGGUCGCAUCAAGCCCCUUGACGCCAACCCCACCUGGGAGUUGGAUUCUAUGCCUGAAGGCCGUGGUAUGGUUGAAGGAACUCUUCUUGCCGAUGGCACUAUCGUCUGGGUCAACGGUGCUCAGGAGGGUGCUCAAGGUUUCGGUGUUGCUCAGGACCCUGCUCUCGAGGUUCUUCUCUACGACCCUAACCAGCCCAAGGGCAAGCGCUUCACCACUGGUCCCAAGUCGACCAUUGCCCGUCUCUACCACAGUGUUGCUCUUCUCCUCCUCGACGGUACCCUCCUGAUCUCUGGAUCCAACCCCGUAGAGCAGCCCGUCCUCCAGCCCACCGCUAAGGACCCCUAUGUCACCGAGUUCCGCAAUGAGAUCUACACCCCUCCCUACCUCCAGGGCAACCCUGCCCGUCCUUCCGCGGUCCAGAUCUCCACCAAGGCACUCAAGGCUGAUGGUUCCACGUUCACCAUCAACUUCAGCGCCCCUGCCAACUCCAAGGCUGUCAAGGUUUCCCUCUACUACGGUGGUUUCGUCACCCACUCCGUCCACAUGGGCCACCGUCUGUUGUUCCUCGACAACACUGGCUUCAAGGCCGGUGCCACCGCCCAGACCAUUACCGUCACCAUGCCUCCUAACAGGAGCAUUGCACCGGCCGGUCCUUACGUUGUCUACGUCCUCGUUGACGGUGUCCCUGCUAUGGGUCAGUUCGUCAGCGUCUCGUAA